CAUGUGCGGACUCCUGCCAGGGGUCCUUCAGUAACGGUCUUCAUUCAAGAUGGCGACAGCGCUGCAGUUUCCUGCUAACGUUUCUACUUUAAAUACUUAUAAUGAUUUAUAUCCUGACUGGACGCAGAGAGAAGUCAGCACCGGGACCACUAUCAUGGCGGUGGAGUUUGAUGGAGGAGUGGUGAUCGGCGCUGACUCUCGCACCACCACCGGCGCUUACAUCGCCAACCGCGUGACGGAUAAACUCACUCCCAUCCACGAGCGCAUCUAUCGCCAACCGACGGAUAAACUCACUCCCAUCCACGAGCGCAUCUUCUGCUGCCGCUCCGGCUCGGCGGCGGACACGCAGGCCAUCGCUGACGCCGUCACCUACCAGCUGGGCUUCCACAGCAUCGAGCUGGACGAGGCUCCUCUGGUGCAGACGGCGGCCAGUCUGUUCCGGGAGAUGUGCUACAGGUACAGAGAGGAGCUGAUGGCCGGGAUCAUCGUGGCCGGCUGGGACCCACGCAGAGGAGGACAGGUGUACACGGUGCCGGUCGGAGGGAUGAUGACCAGGCAGCCGGUGUCGGUGGGAGGAUCCGGCAGCAGCUACAUCUACGGAUAUGUGGACUCAAACUACAAAGCUGGAAUGAGCAAAGAGGAGUGUCUUAAAUUCACUGCAGAAGGUUAGACACACAUACACGCGCACACACACC